AUUGUUUGACGCACACGAACAGUUAAUUCGGUUGGCUAUUUUAUUGCUUUCCAUGCCCAUCACCAGCUUCAAAAGUGAGUCAUUGGACUUUCUGCAAAAAAUGAAAAAGCACCAUUGUUUUCCUAACCUUGUUUUGUUAUGAUCCAUACUUUAAAUUCUGACCUAUUUUCGUUAUGAUUUUCUUCAGGAUGACAUUCACACUGCGUAAGAAAGAAAUAUUAAUAAACAUUCUAGUAAGACUACCUGCAAAAUCCCUCGUUCGGUUUCUGUGUACAUGCAAAUCAUGGAGUGAUUUGAUUGGUAGCUCAAGUUUUGUUAGCACACACCUUAAUAGGAAUGUCACAAAACGUGCCCAUGUCUAUCCACUUUGCCUCCACCACCCAAAUUUUGAUUGUCAAAACGGCGAUGAUGAUCCAUUUGUUAAAGAAGAACUUCAAUGGUCACUUUUUUCCACUGAAACAUUUGAGCAGUUCUCCAAGUUAAGCCAUCCCUUGGGGAGCACAAAACAUUAUGUGAUAUAUGGCUCAAGCAAUGGUUUAGUUUGCAUUUCGGAUGAGAUAUUAAAUUUCGAUAGUCCUAUACACAUAUGGAACCCAUUGGUUAGGAAACUUAGGACCCUUCCAGUAAGCACCAACAUCAUAAAAUUUGGCUAUGUUGCUCUUCAAUUCGGGUUCCACCCAGGUGUUAAUGACUACAAGGCUGUAAGGAUGAUGCGUACCAACAAAAAUGCCUUGGCGGUUGAGGUUUAUAGUCUCAGAACAGACUCUUGGAAGAUGAUUGAAACAAUUCCACCUUGGUUAAAGUGCAGUUGGCAGCAUCAUAAGGGUACAUUUUUUAAUGGAGUAGCACACAACAUCAUUGAGAAAGGUCCUAUUUUCAGCAUUAUGUCAUUCGAUUCAGGCAGCGAAGAAUUUGAAGAAUUCUUAGCACCAGAUGCCAUUUGCAAUUCAUGGUGGUUAAGCAUCGCCGUUUUCAAGGAACAAAUUUGCUUGCUUUAUGGAUUUUAUGGUUGUGACGAGGAGGGCAUGGACAAAAUUGACUUAUGGGUUCUCCAAGAAAAACGGUGGAAACAACUGUGUCCUUUUAUUUAUCCUUUGGGUAAUUGUUAUCGUAUAAUCGGGAUUAGUAUAGAUAAUGAACUCUUAAUGGCAAGAAGAGAUUUCGGUAACGGCGUAGCAGAUCUGUAUUUGGGCAAAUACGAAUCCAAGCAAGUUCUUGAAACAGGAAUUAAGUUGGCCGUCAUGAGAUAUGGCGAAAUCGAAUUCUUGUUCGCAAUUACUUACAUAGAAAGUUUGGUUUUACUCAAUAAUUAUUAAGAAAUAUUAAGUUUCCUUUUUUUCCUAUUUCUU